UUUGAUAAUUCCAAAGUUCCCUACACUUCAACGAUCGUUAACCAAACUUUGAUUUCAUCGAAACUAAGCCAUACUUAAACUUUCACUACCAACUCUCACAUUUACAACUUUAAAUUCAUUGCACUUUCAUCCCUUUUGUUCUCUCUCAAUUCUCGGCAUUGCAGAGGUUCUUGUUGAUUUAAGUUUCUGGAAAUGGCUGCUGCGGCAACUUCUGGGGCACAAAUGGCAGUGAUUAAGCCUUGUGUUUCGUCGUCUCGUAAAAGUUUUAUGCCUGGUAGAGGAAGUUUUAGUACUGAUAAUCAAAAUGCAUCUUGGAAGAUGCUUGCAAGCUCUUCUCAGCUUGCGUCUGCGAAGCCAUCGGUCCAGAGCCUGACAGCGAGGCCUGGUAAAUCUGUCAAGUUUGUAACAAGAGCAAUGUCUGCAGAAAAUGAGAACAAGCCUCUACCCGGAUUGCCUGUUGAUUUGAGAGGUAAAAGAGCAUUCAUUGCUGGUGUGGCUGAUGACAAUGGAUAUGGUUGGGCAAUAGCGAAAGCUCUUGCUGCUGCAGGUGCUGAAAUUCUUGUCGGGACCUGGGUGCCUGCACUGAACAUCUUUGAAAGUAGUCUACGGCGUGGAAAGUUUGAUGAAUCACGCGUAUUGCCAGAUGGAUCAUUAAUGGAAAUUACCAAAGUUUAUCCUUUGGAUGCAGUUUUUGACAAUCUUGAGGAUGUUCCUGAAGAUGUGAAAACAAACAAACGCUACUCAGGGUCCUCAAAAUGGACUGUUCAGGAGGUUGCUGAAUCUGUAAAGCAGGAUUUUGGUAGCAUUGACAUCCUUGUGCACUCACUCGCAAAUGGGCCAGAGGUUAGCAAGCCUCUUCUGGAGACUUCGAGAAACGGAUAUCUUGCUGCCAUCUCUGCGUCAAGUUAUUCCUAUGUUUCUUUACUCAAGCAUUUUGUUCCUAUAAUGAAUCCAGGGGGUGCUUCAAUCUCUCUGACAUACAUUGCCUCUGAAAGGAUCAUUCCUGGAUAUGGUGGAGGCAUGAGCUCUGCGAAGGCUGCUCUGGAGAGUGACACACGCGUGCUGGCUUUUGAAGCUGGAAGAAAACACAAGAUCAGAGUUAACACAAUAUCUGCAGGUCCUUUAAGAAGUCGGGCUGCAAAAGCAAUCGGCUUUAUCGAUAUGAUGAUUGAUUACUCAUUAGAAAAUUCACCCUUACAAAAAGAACUAACUGCAGAGGAGGUAGGGAAUGCUGCAGCCUUCCUGGCUUCACCUUUGGCGUCGGCGAUCACCGGUGCCGUUGUCUAUGUCGACAAUGGUCUAAAUGCUAUGGGAGUGGGAGUUGACAGUCCCAUAUUUGAAAACCUUGACAUUCCAAAAGUUAAGCAAAGCUAGAGCUUGAGAUGAUUCUCAUUGUGUUUGAGUGGAGUUGUACUGAAUUUUGAAUUUGCACAAAUAAAUAUUGCUCCCACCUUAUUAUUUUACACCAUUCCAAUCCCCAAUUUGUUUCAUAGAGGGUAUUUAUUAUGAAUUGUGUUAUUCAUUCUGGCUUCUGGGUUCUGUUACAAAAUAGACCCUGCAAUGUUAUUGUAACAUUUAACUUGUAUUAUGAAACGUAAUGUAAUCAUAUUGCUUUUCUUGUUAAAUGUCUUUAAAACGAAA